GGCAGCCAUACGUGAUGUAUCCUUACAUCACGCGAGAGAUAUGGGACCAGUUUGUAAAAAAAUGUAGCACUAAGGAGUUCCAGGCUAAAAGUGCAAAAGCAAGAAUCUCUCAGGCUGCUAACAAGCAUCCUCAUUUUUUGGGCCAAAAAUCAUAUGCGGAGAUGAUUCCCAUUUGGCAAAGCAGAGGGUAUAUCCCUUCUGCUACAACAUCAUCUGUUGACUCUUCUACAUCAUCAUUGAUUACCUCCUUGCCGGAUCGGACAUUGCCUUGGCUUCUCGCGAGAUCGAAAAAAGAUAAGGAUGGAAAAUUAUUCUUUCCUAAUGAAGAAACACAAAAGAUAAAAGAGUCCAUUGAUGAUUGGAAAAAGAAAGAAGCUGAAGGAGAGUUUGUUCCAGGUCGGAUGGAUGAUGCUCUUUCACGUGCUCUGCAGAGGAAAGACCGACCUGGGCGUGUGCUAACAGCUGGGCAUAGCAUUGGGAUUACAUCUGUUUGGGGAGAUCCUGAUCGGAGGAGUAGUGCCUCCAAGGGUAAGGGCAUGGAUGAUGAGAGAUUCAGGCAUUGGAGGCUAGAGUGA